CCCGUCGUGUCCGGGUCAAUGAUUGAAUACGAGGUGAUGAAUGGCAUGCCAUCAGGAGCUGUGAUGGCUCAAAUGGUACGUGGUUCUGGUCCAUUCAUCUUCGAUCCAAAAGAUCCUCCGAGCGCGGUCUAAAGCGCGAGCAGCUGCGGCCCGGCAGCGGAGUGACUGCGAGCUAGUGAUGAAGGGCACAGCCGGGCUCCGGCUGUGCCUGGUGCCACUGUGCUUGGUGCUGGGCGAACAGGGCGGAGAGACGCAGAGGCGACAUCGCCACAUGCGCCGGCACGGAGAGGUGCCUGAGAACCGCUUCGGCCAGCCGUCGGAUGAGCCGAGCGCCGUGGCCAAUGCCAACGUCACGGCGCUCCGGGGAGAUGCGAAGGUCCUCAGCGAAUGGGCGUGCGCUCUGAUGUGCGCCAGCCGAGCGGCCAGCGGCUGUUGCUCCUACGAAGGCGGCCGAGGCCUGUGUGAGUUCGUCCCAGGGAGUCCCGCGGUGGACCCCAAGGCUCCAGGCUGGAGCUCUGCGACCUGUGUUCCCGCCUACGGGACCGCCAAGUGCGCACCCUGGGCAGUGGGCAAGUGCAAGGGCCGCGCCGAGCCGGCGGCGGAAGGCUUACCCAUUUGGGAACUGGUCUGGGAGGACCAAUUCGACUCGGACAGCUGCGUGGUGGACAGUCGGGGCAUCCGCCGCCCGUCACCCGAGUUUUGGAGUGCUGAAGUGGGCUACAAGCGUGGCAAGGAGCUGCAAUGGUAUCAGCCUGAAAAUGCUGAAUGCAAGAACGGGGAGCUGGUGAUCACGGCCAAGCGAGAACGACAACCUUGGGAAAAGCCCGAGGGGUCUCAGUGCCGCGCCGUGGCGUGGAGUGACAAAGAGCAGACUGGGCAGAAGCUGGACAACCAAAGCUGUGCGGUGUGUGCUCCGCCCUACUUUCAGUACUAUAACCCCUGCGACCUCCAGAGGCAGGAUGACAUGGUGGGUCCUGCCUGCGAUUGCUCGCACACGGCAGAGUUCACCUCAGCGAGCCUGAUGACCCGCGGGAAGAAGGACUUCUCCUAUGGCUUGUUCGAGCUCCGGGCCAAGAUCGACACCCGACCAGGCGCUUGGCCCAGUUGGUGGGCGGUCGGUGACUUUGACUUCGUCCCCUGGCCCAAGAACGGCGAGAUCGACAUCUUAGAUGCCUUCCAGCGGACGGUGAAAGCCAGCGUGACCCACGCGGGCGAGUCGGGCUUCGCCAGUAGCGCCAUCCAACAUGCAGGUGCUCGGAUGGUGGAUCGCGACUGGGAAAAGUAUUAUCACAUUUGGCAGUUGGAGUGGGACGAGCGUUUCAUCGAGAUCCGCGUGGAUGGCGAAAGCCUCUUGAAGGUGGAUCUGAGCGUGGCGGAUCCGCAGCGCACCUCCUGGCCGAACCCCUUCACACGGAACAAGAAGUUCUUCCUGAUCCUGGGACUGGCCAUUGGCGGGCACGUGGGAGGCGAUGCAGCCAUGACCGCCUUUCCCGUGCAGAUGCACGUUGACUACCUCCGUGUCUACCGCAAGAUGGGCAGCACCUGAGCGGGCUUCCGUUUCACGUUUGGCGCCUUAAAAACCGCGGGUUCUGGAAACCCGGACGGGUUUUUGGGCGCUUGCUCCCAGCGAGAAAAAGGUGUUCGGGUGAGUCAGUUGGGAUCGUUGGGCA